UAUCCCAUUAACGAGCUAUCUCGCGACGCCUCAAUCGACCCCCCACCAUACAAGCCCCGCGCUUCAUCUUAUGGACACCGUCACACUUGGAGAUACAUGAUGGCCGCAGACGAGGUGAACAGCGCGCCUGCUGCCAUCGACCGCACAAAUCUGCGGCAGGCGCUGAUUCAGAGCUCCACCAAGCGAAGAAUUGCAGAGCUCUCGAGCUUACAACACCAGCUGCAAGAGAACACCCUCGCAAACCCCGAUCUUAAAUCCGUCCUCGAGCUUCUUUUCGAAACCUACCCACUCUACAUUGACCGCGAAUCAAGACGAGCUGUGGAACAUGUCCUCAUAUCUCUUGUUCACGGUCCCAAUGGCGCCAUUGCUCUGCCUGCGGUGGUCAAUUUCUUGAAGCGGGAGUGCUCCAAGAAGGGCGUGGCCCACGUAAACGCCUUCGUUUUGAACGACUGGUGCUCUGUGCUGCUGCUGGAAUUCGCGAAAGCGCCUACAACAACACUAUGGGAGAAUCACGGACUAGACGUGGCCCUAGCGAUGGCAAGAGCUCUGGAAACAUGCUUAAGCACUGGAGAUGAUCGCCGCGGGAGGCGCAUUCAGGACUCUGCAAUUGUCUCGGCACGAAGGGCUUUGCGUCACCUUGUUACACGCAAAGACUUGACGGAUCAAGUGCUUAACAAGCUGGUGGAUACCCUUACUGCCAAGGGCUCAACAGCUGGAAACGCCGUGCUUCUUGGGGUCAUUGCUGGUGUCUGCUCCCGCAAACCAUCAGUAAAGCCUACUCUGGAACGCCACAAACAAGCAUACUACACUUUCUACGUGCGUGAUAUAGUUGGCUCGCGCACUCAAUUACCCGACUACAUUUCUCAUGCCCUUCACGACUUUUUUGAAGCAUUUGUUUCAUUCGAAGAAUUACGCACAGAGAUCAUCGCGCCAAUUCAAAAAGCACUGCUUCGAGCUCCCGAAGUGGUCCUGAAUGACAUUGUGUCGCCCAUGAUUCUGGCUUUACCUGAGUCAAUGGAUCUCUCCGAAGUUCUUCUAGACAAUCUCAUGAAACCUCUGUUAUCGAAUAUCAAGGCUACAAACCCUGCCACCCGCGCCGGUGCCCUGCGGACCUUCCAGGCUAUCGCAUCGCGUUCUACCAAUGAAGCUGCUGUUGGAAAAGUAACCGAUGAGAUUUUGAAUCCUCUAAAGCAAGGUAAAGUCAGCGGAGUAGACCAAAAGGUCAUGCAUGCACAGAUGCUGUCAGCUCUGCCUGGAUCCGUUUCCUUAUCGCAAAAGAUACCCUCCAGCAUUGCUGCUGUCGCGUUGAAGGAGCCCAAUGAAGCUGCAGUGAUUGCACAAGUUUCUGCUUUGUCUAAACAUCUUGCUUUUGGCAUAGCCAACGGUGUUGUAUUGGAGAAGCCUGUUUCAGAUGCAUUCAUCAAAGGCAUGGCUGAUAAGCGUAUCCCUAUUCGACGACUCUGGGCUAUACGCACAGCUGACCUCUGGUGGAGUUUUACUCUUACUCAGUUAUCUCAACCAGACAUUUUGACUUUCUGUCAAGAGACACUCCCAAAGCUUUUGGAGAUUUGGCAAGAAGUCAUCGCAAACCCUGUCCCUGCAACCCAAAAUGGGUUGGUAACCGUGGCUCAUUAUGUAACAGCUCUACUCUCCAAGAUCCGUACGACAGAUGACGCCAAAUUGGCAGCUGCCUACAAAAAGUCUGAUGUCAUCUCUCAAUCUCUGAUGUUGAAGCCUAAACCUUCUUUCUUACUCAACCCCCGCGUCUACUCCAAACUAACGACUGAGGAAGAUGUCACUAUAGCAGUACGCGCGUUGUCAGCAGUUGCACCUUGGCUUUCAGAGGACAGCGUUUCGACUGAUGCGCAAGAAGCUUGGGCACACGCAUUUAUAUACUCUAUAGUUUCCAGCAGUAUCUCAGGGAAAGCGAGAUCGGCCGCAAAAUCUGCGUUGACGGAAGUUUAUGCUCGGGCACCAACUAAAGUCAGUAACGUUAUUGUUGCUGGUCUGUGGUCAUGGUACAAGGCCGAUGCACAAGGCGACAAAGAGAGUGCUGCUAUCGCGGCCAAGACUGGAUCAUCUGAGCUCUAUUCAGUACUCGGAUGCAUAUGUCUCCCAGAAGAGACUUCCAAUAAGCUUGCCGUCAAACUUUCUACCGAGGAAAAGCAAGAGCAGUCGAUAAACUUGCUUGUGCUAGCACGGCCAGAACUUCUACCACGAACAUCAUGGAUCGAUACUACCCUGCGAAUGGGAAUUGACCCAGGCCAGCUUGUUCAAACACGUCUUGAGGACUGUAUGAAAUUGAUAUAUAAGGCGACAGUGAGCAAGGAUGGCGACACGUUCCCAGCCAUCCCACAAGCUGCAUACAGCGCGUAUACAGAUCUGGCCUUUGUUGCACCAGAUGUUGCCCUGCCAGUAAUUGUUGAGCAGUUUAGCGAUGAUCUAAAUCCCGAACAGCUUGAAUCGAUUGGCCCCACUGAGGCUGCCAUUUUCCGCACGCCUGAAGGAACCGCAUACGUUGAUGUGCUCUCGAAAAAAGCUCCUGUCGUAAUAGACAAGAAUACCAAAGACUAUGAUACGUUGAAAUGGGAGGAAGAGUUGCGAGCACAACUGGCCCAAAAAACCGGCCAGAAAAAGAAGCUGACACCUGACGAACAAGCCAAAGUCAACGCUCAGCUGGCGAAAGAGUCCAGCAUCAGGCAUGCUGUUACUUCUGUUGAACACAAGAUGCGGCGUGGGGUUGGCAUCAUUCAUAGUCUGGCUACCGGCCCGCCAACUGAGGCAGAACGGUGGAUGGGCCCAGCAGUGGAGCUAUUAAUCCAGAUUGUGCGAGCCGGUGCAGGUCUACUUUUGGGCGACCUACCCGCGACAGCUUUCGUGAAAUGCUCAGAGCGGAUUUCAACACGCUUAGGGGCAUUGCGACCUUUCGUCGGCAUUGCUACUCUGAGAACAAUUGGCUCCAUUCAAAUAUCAGCUGGCUUUGAUGAAGAAGAUCUUGGAGAUCUUGUCACCAGGGUUCUGUAUCGCUUGCGAUUCAUGAGUGAACAGCGCCCUCUAGAUCCUGUUUCACUUGCCUACUGCUUCCCCCUCGUUUUUCUUGUCUUGGAAAAAGGUGGGAUCGCAAAGCCUGCGCCCGAGGAAGCUGAUGAGCAGUUGAUUCUUGCUCUCGAAUUUUUGUUGUUCCACACCAACUUCUGCUCGGAUAACCGUCUUCCACGUAAACAUUUGAUUGAGAUUUUGAUCUUCUCGAUGCAAAGUUACAACCAGCACUACAAGCUAGUGAAAGACUGCAUAAUGGAUCUCGCACGCGGGCUCGCACCUACCAUUACUAACGAAGAACUGGGAGCUCUCUUGAAAGGAACCAUCGUCCCUGAGGUCGCAGUACGCACUACAGUACUACAAGCAAUUGACAAUGAACUCGACCUGGAUGACUUUGAAUUCAGUGAUGAGGUAUGGCUGGCUUAUCACGAUGAUGUAGAGGAAAACGUGGAGUUGGCCAAAACUAUCUGGGAAGACAAUGCGCUGGAGCUGAACGCGGGGGUUGCAAUCAAGAUGGCGCCAUAUCUGGACUCACCCGACAAGCAACUUAGACGUGCUGCCGCCCGUUCAAUUGGGGAUACAGUCUCCAAAUACCCGGAUAUCUUCCAUUCCAUUCUGGCUACCUUGCAAGAAACGUACAAAGAGAAGGCAAAACCACGUGUGCCCGAGCGAGACGAGUAUGGUAUGCCGCGUAAGGUCGAUCUUCGGGAUCCCUGGGAGGCUCGAGAUGGUAUUGCCCUCGCGUUUAGGGAACUGACUAGCUGCUUCAAAGAAGACGAUUUGGUCAACUUCCUGGAGUUUAUGAUAUACAAUGGCCCUCUGGGUGACCGUAGUGCCACCGUGCGAAAUGAAAUGGUGGAGGCAGCGGCAUCUGUCAUCAGAAGCAAAGCGCAAUCAAAAGUGGAGCCUCUGAUGGAACUUUUUGAGAACGCACUGGAGGGACCAGACCGCAAAUCCGAGAUGUACGACGAAGUCAACGAAGCUGUCAUUAUUCUGUAUGGUGCGUUAGGCCUCCAUCUCAAAGCAGGCGAUGAGCGCGUACCAAAAGUCGUUCAGCGGCUGCUGGCCACUUUGAGCACACCAUCGGAGACUGUCCAAUAUGCAGUAGCACAAUGUCUCCCACCUCUAGUAAGGACAUCCGAGCAAGAGCUCUCGACCUAUGUCGAGAAAAUGCUGGAGCAGUUGUUACAAUCCAAGAAAUACCCCGCCCAGCGUGGUGCUGCAUAUGGACUGGCGGGCAUUGUCCGCGGUAAAGGUGUCAAAGUACUCAAGGAGUACCGUAUACUUUCUACACUGCGAGGCGCCGCUGAGAACAAGAAGGAAGUUCACCAAAGGCAGGGAGCGUUCCUGGCAUACGAGCUAUUUUCUCUGAUCCUUGGGCGCAUCUUCGAACCUUACGUCAUAGAACUUGUUCCUCAGCUCCUCGCUGGAUUCGGUGAUUCCAGCGCUGAUGUCAGAGAAGCCUGUCUAGACGCUGCAAAGACUUGUUUCUCGACACUUUCCUCCUAUGGCGUGAAACAGAUCUUGCCAAUUCUUUUGGAAGGCCUGGAUGAUCACCAAUGGCGAAGCAAAAAGGGAGCAUGCGACUCACUGGGGGCUAUGGCGUACCUUGACCCCCAUAUGCUCUCACUGAGCUUGCCUGACAUUAUCCCACCCCUCACAACUGUUUUGACUGACAGUCACAAAGAAGUCCGCGCGUCCGCCAACCGAAGCUUGCAGCGAUUUGGUGAAGUCAUCAGCAACCCUGAGAUCAAGAGCGUUGUCAACAUUCUCCUCAAAGCUCUUAGCGAUCCGACAAAACAUACCGAUGAUGCACUCGACAAACUGAUCAAGGUCCAAUUCGCGCAUUAUCUCGAUGCUCCCUCGCUUGCCCUUGUAGUACGAAUCUUGGAACGAGGCUUGGGUGACAGGUCUGCAACGAAACGCAAGGCUUCACAAAUUAUCGGUAGUUUAGCUCAUCUUACGGAGCGGAAAGACCUCAUCUCACAUUUGCCGGUGCUGGUCAGCGGCUUACGGGAAGCUAUCGUUGACCCAGUGCCGACCACUCGUGCAACAGCCUCCAAAGCGUUGGGUUCGCUUAUGGAAAAACUUGGAGAAGAUGCGUUGCCAGAUCUUAUCCCCAGUCUCAUGGCUACUCUCAAAUCCGACACUGGUGCCGGAGACAGACUGGGUUCCGCACAGGCUCUUUCCGAAGUUCUUGCCGGUCUUGGAACAGGGCGUCUCGAGGAAACACUUCCAAGCAUAUUGCAGAAUGUUUCCAGCAGCAGGUCAUCCGUACGCGAAGGUUUUAUGUCAUUAUUCAUCUUCUUGCCUGCGUGUUUCGGGAACAGCUUUGCAAACUAUCUCAGCAAGAUCAUUCCACCCAUUCUUGGUGGUCUCGCAGAUGACAUUGAAUCUAUCCGCGAAACUGCACUUCGCGCUGGCCGUCUUUUGGUCAAGAAUUUUGCUACCAAAGCUAUUGAUCUUCUGCUACCCGAAUUGGAGCGAGGCCUAGCAGAUGACAGCCACCGAAUCCGACUCAGCUCUGUCGAGCUUGUUGGAGACUUGCUAUUCAACCUGACUGGUAUCAGUAGCAAGGUUGAUGACGACGAAGCUGAAGAAGGAGCGAAAGAAGCUGGCCAGUCCCUACUCGAAGUCCUUGGAGAAGAAAAGCGCAACAAAGUGCUCUCGGCACUUUACAUCUGCAGGUGCGAUACCUCUGGUCUUGUCCGAUCAGCAGCAAUCAAUGUCUGGAAAGCGCUCGUGGCAACUCCUCGCACUCUGCGCGAGCUCAUUCCCACUCUUACCCAGCUCAUUAUUCGCCGUCUUGCCAGCUCAAACAUGGAGCAGAAGAUCAUUGCUGGCAACGCUUUGGGUGAACUUAUACGGAAGGCUGGAGACGGUGUUCUCGCAAGUUUACUACCUACGCUGGAAGAAGGAUUGCAGUCGACCGAUACGGACGCUAAGCAAGGCAUCUGUAUGGCUCUCAAGGAGCUCAUUGGUGCCGCCUCUCCUGAGCAGCUGGAAGAUUAUGAAGCAACCUUGAUUUCCGUUGUGCGGUCCGCACUGGUGGAUCCCAACGGCGAAGUUCGUGAAGCGGCUGCUGAGGCAUUUGAUUCUCUGCAAGAAGUGCUCGGCAAGAAGGCCAUUGAUCAAGUGCUACCUAACCUUCUCCACCUUCUGCGAGAUGAAGAUGAGGCUCAAAAUGCCUUGUCUGCCCUCCUUACUCUUCUCACUGACAACGCAAGAUCCAAUAUCAUCUUACCUAAUCUAUUGCCAACACUGCUUAAAUCGCCCAUGUCAGCGUUCAAUGCUAGAGCAAUUGCCUCUUUGGCCGAUGUCGCCAGCGGUGCCAUGACUAGACGACUACCAAACGUUCUCAACACUAUCAUGGACAACAUAAUCACCUGCAAGAACGAAGAUUUGAGAUCAGAACUUGAAACCGCCUUUGACAGUGUACUUCUCUCCGUUGACGAAUUUGACGGUCUCAACACAGCCAUGAGCGUCAUGCUUGCAUUGGCCAAGCACGAUGACGAAAAGAGACGCGCGAGAGCUGAUAUGCACCUGGCCAAGUUCUUUGAAGAGACUGAAAAUGACUUCUCACGAUACUACCCCAACCUCAUCUCAGCCCUGUUGGUAUCAUUUGAUGAUAGUGACAAGGAAGUGGUCAAGGCUGCAUGGACCGCGUUGAGUGCGCUUACCAAGCAACUGCGCAAAGAAGAGAUGGAGACACUUGUUUCUUCGACGAGGCAGACCCUGCUGCAAGUUGGUGUUGCAGGCUCUAACCUGGCUGGUUUCUCAUUGCCCAAGGGUAUCAUGGCCAUCCUACCUAUCUUUGUGCAAGGUCUUAUGAACGGAUCCAUGGAGCAGCGAAUUCAAGCUGCACUCGCUAUAUCGGACAUUGUCGACCGCACAGAUGCCAAAGCUUUGCAGCCUUUCGUUACUCAAAUCACUGGACCACUCAUCCGUGUGGUUACAGAACGAUCGCCUGAAGUCAAGGCCGCUAUCCUACUCACGCUUAAUAAUUUACUGGAAAAGAUUCCUACAUUCCUCAAGCCUUUCUUGCCACAGCUCCAGCGAACAUUCGCAAAGUCUCUAGCAGAUACUUCGUCGGAUCUACUGCGUGCACGAGCUGCUAAAGCGCUUGGUACCUUGAUCAAGCUCACUCCCAGGGUUGAUCCCCUCAUCGCAGAAUUGGUGGCUGGCUCAAAGACAACUGACCAGGCUGUCAAGGCUGCUAUGUUUAAGGCGCUAUACGAAGUGGUGAGCAAAGUGGGCAAGAACAUGAAUGAAGCUAGCAGAACGUCAAUUUUAGGGCUCAUUGACACGGAUGCCGAUGAAUCUGAUGACACCAUGGCUAUGACGAAUGCCCGAUUGCUUGGUGCGCUCAUCAGUUGUCUCCCCGCAGAGACUGCUGCCGGUGUGAUUAAAUCCCGGGUUCUCACCACUCACUUCAGCAAGGCGUCAAUACUUGCACUGAACGCAACUCUUGUCGACUCACCUGACACGCUGAUCGAGACAUUCCCGGACGAAACUGUACACGUCAUCGCUCAAGGUAUCGCACACUCACAGCCGAGCAUCUCGGACAAUUCCGUCCUAGCCGCAGGCAAGUACCUUUUGGUAGAGAACAGCAACAAAACAUACGAUCACACCAAGCCCUUGUUUGAGGCUUUGGCGCCAGCAAUCGAGCCUGGAAACGCGGCAGAUACCCGACGCCUCUCGCUCGUGGUACUAAGGACGAUAGCAAGACAGCACAACGAGCUGGUGCGGCCGCACAUCCCACUGCUCACGGCACCUGUAUUUGCUUCUGUUCGUGAUCCUAUUAUACCGAUCAAGCUCUCGGCCGAAGCUGCUUUCCUAGCCAUCUUCUCCGUCGUGGAUGAAGGCAGCGCAGUGUUUGACAAGUACAUGUCUGGACCAGGCAAGAGCCUCACUACGGGUCAACAGCGCAGCAUGGGCGAUUAUUUCAAACGUGUCGCACUCCGACUUGCAGCGCAAGCGAAAGAGCGCAGAGAAGCCGAAGGGGGUGCUGGCGGGUUGGGCUUGUCCAGCGACGAAAUGGAAGACGAGAGAGAACUGUGGAGUGUGGGGAUGGUGGAGCUGACGGAUGUUUUUGGCGAUGAUUCUUGAGGUAUAUUCAGCAUAACAGUAAAAAUAUUGAGAAAAGCUUGGUCAU